GGAAGUCCAAACAGAUUUGGUCCAUCGACAGUGGCCUGGAUGAUUAGGUUGGAGGCCUGGACGCUUCUACGUUGGAUGUUUCGGAUCUUGGGGCUCAAACGCGUGGAGAUCCCGUAAGCUGCCUUUGGUGCAUUCCUAAGAUGCCGCGUUUUUUGGCUCGAAGGGACACGGGACCACCCGGUGCCCCGAUGGUCAUUACACUCAGGCCCUUCAGGCUUGGCUUCUUCACCUUCCUUGGCUUCUUUGACAGGCAGCUUCAAGCAGCCCCAUUGAGGCGAUUGAUGCUCAUGGACAUUCACGGGCGCUCAUGAGGCAAGAAGCAACCAACCGACAAGCAUCGUUGGAGGAGGGGGAUCCAGACAAUGACUGUGUUUGGGGCGAUUGGCAGGACUGGACUCAGUGCACCGUGACCUGUGGAAAUGGCAUGCGGACGCGACAAAAAAGCCAAGAAUCCAUUGGAGAGGAAGCCGUCUGUGAGGAACCAAAGAUGAUGCUCGCAAGCAUCGGUCAUGCGACCCUGAACAAGGGCCUGCGAGCAGCGCCAAGAAUGUCUUCGGCCAAUAAGGUGUGUAGCCACACCACGUGCCCAACCACAACCAGCACAACGUUUACCAUGGACCCGUUUGAAGCAGAAACCACCACUGAGCCAGACACAGAGAGUGCUUCCGGGGGCUUGGCGUCAGCGAUGUCAGACGUAGCCUCUAGCCUGAACCCAUUUUCGGACUAGCCAAAAUUUUGGCCGCGCUCAUUUGCGAGAGAAGCAGAAAAAGCGUAGUUGGCAGACUGAGAACACCAAGUUCAAGGCAUACCGCCUGUAC